AUGGCGUGCAUACUCCUAGGUACACAUGAAAGUGUGACAUACAUCGACUUCGUUUCUGAUGUGUGCGCAGCAGCAGAGCUGCUGCUUCUCGAGGUUUCCCAAGCUAACGAGACAUUGCCAGACGGUGCGAUCGGACGCGCCUCGCAGCUAGCCACACAGCUCCAGCGCUGCAAGGUUGAGCGAGAUGAACUUCGGCGUCAGCUGCACGAGAAGUCUGAGAUCCACGUGGAGCUCACACGGAAGUUGCGCAAAGCGCAGGAGGCCAAUAAGACCCUGGAUGGUGAGCUCAACAAAGCAGAGGCUCUUCGCCUUGCGGCGCAGAACCGUGCUGUGGCAGCUCGCGAGGCACGAGGCCAAGUGGAGGCGCUGCUUGAUUCUCUACGGGAUCAGCUUCGAGACGUUGAAGAGGCUGACAGUGCUGAAGUUGCAGUGAGCUUCUUGAAGAUCAAGGCGCUGCUGGAAGGCUUUGCUUUGGAGCCGCAACUUCCAGCUCCCAACAGCCAAGGGCUCAAGGAUCCAGAGCCGGAGGAAGAGCUUCCCACUGCUGGCGGCCUGCUCCGUGAGUGGGCCUCCGUCUAUGAGAAUACAGAGGCCAGAGAACGACCGUCGGACCUGCAGGCUGGUCGAGAUGCAGCAGGUCCUGUGCUUCUGCAGCACAGGAGCCCAGGCUGGAACAAGGCCAACAAGCAGCGUGAGGCACCCACCUCGCCGCCCAGCGCGCGGGGCGCUGGCGAGCAGCUGGCGCAGCUCUCGCUGCGUGAUCUUUCCGAGAUCAAAGCAUUGAAGAAGCCGCCGCCGCCCAUCCGGAUGCUGAUGGAGGUGUGCUGCUUGCUGUUCCACAUACAACCUGUCAAGCACUUGGACGAGCAAUGCGUCCACCAUCGUUUGCGGACCGACUACUGGGAGCCCGCUCGGCGAUACUUGCUGUCGGACCCGUUCCUCCUUUCAAAGCUCCGGUCGCAUGGCAAGGACGUGGGAGCGUCUCAACGGGCCAAGAUCAAGAAAUACUUCAAGGAUCCGGAGUUCAGCGCAGAGCGAAUGCUGAAGUGCUCCCGA